UCAUUGUCCAACCGUUCCUGACCUGAGUCCCCGUCUGUGUGAUCCCAAUCCGUAUCAGAUUCCAUCAACCAGAACCAUCAGCGACAUCUCCGAGCCGUACCAUAGCUAUGUCGUCGCGACUUACAGUUCCCGUCUCCAAGCUGGUCAGCCGCUCCUUCAGCAGCACGCCCGCCGCUGCCCGGCCCAGCCAGCUCCUCAACAAGGCCUCAAAAGCAGCAGCUGCCACCGGCGCAGGCAGGAAAGCCAGGAAACCGGUCACCGAGGAAACCUCGGCCGACCAUCGCGCCCAUUCAACAACCUCCUCCUCAUCCCCUCACCGUCCCGUCCCGCCGUCGCAGUCAAAGCCCAGGACCAUCCCCUUCAUGCAGACCUUCCACCACUCGGCCCCGAAACCAGCCGCCCCCUCGUUCGUGACCAUCGACCGCGCCAUCUUCCCCGACCUCGCCGCCCAGGACGCGCAGUACGAUCCGUACGCCCACAUCCGCGUGCCCCUACUCCCGGACAACACCUCCCCUCCCGCGGGCCUGCGCGCCGCCGAGGCGGUGGACGCGCCGCUGCCGCAGCCGGAGAUCGUGGUCGUCGCGGCGAAUCCGGAGCAGGUCCUCCCCUCCGCGCUGACCGAGGUUGAAGGGAUGGGAGUCGACGGCGUGGAGCUCGGGUUCGCACACCUCUUGGGCAGGGAAGUGGAAGAGAGUUUUGAGAUGGGCAAGGGGAUGAUCAGGAUGUGGCGCGGGAUGGUGGAUGAUGUUUUGAAUAGUGGCAGUAGUAGUAGUGGCGACGCUGAGAACGGGGGUUCGGCUGCUGCUGCUUGAUGGAGGUGGGGUGGCCUUGACUUGUCUGCGACAUGAGGCGGUGGGGGAGGUGUGGUUGCCUUUUUAUUAUCUAGGAUGACAUGACGAUAUAUGAUGUACUAACGUUGUAAUUUUGUGAGGGCGCUUGAAGCACGGCCCGAAGCUCAACCACGGGCCUUAGGUACACAGGUUGUUAUUACUAUGGUCGCCACGAGUGGGCUUUUGAAUUGCAAUUUUGGCUACCUAUCUGUAACAAUGUA